AUAGUAGUAAGCCGUGUAAGUGACGCAUAUAAACGUGUAUAAGUAGUUCUGUGCAUAUAGAAUAAUUAGGCUAUUUACUUUCGCUUUAAGCAGCAUUUAUAAAGUAGUCUAAUGUAUAUACCGUAAAAAAAAAUAAGUUAUUUUUUUUACCGAGGCAUCCAACCGUCUCCGAGUCAACAAAAAAUGCUUUGAGUUGAAGCGCAACAUCCGCCCGUUGUCAUCAUGAAGACAGGCUGCGGAGUCGACGUCUGACAACACGCUCUCUACCGUACGCCGGGCCCUCAUUGGAUGGGAUAACCACCUGUGGCGUCAGGUGACCUCGAUUGAUCGCAGGGGGCGGAGCCUGGUGUCAACUCCGUGGAGAACACAGAGAGGACUACAACGUCUCCCUAAAGAACUACAACCCCCACAGAGAGUAUCACAGAGAAGGUGACCACAACCCCCUGAUCUCAACCAUCCUCUACUUCAGGACUACAACGUCUCCCUAAAGAACUACAACCCCCACAGAGAGUAUCACAGAGAAGGUGACCACAACCCCAUGAUCUCAACCAUCCUCAACUUCAGGACUACAACGUCUCCCUAAAGAACUACAACCCCCACAGAGAGUAUCACAGAGAAGGUGACCACAACCCCAUGAUCCUAACCCUCCUCUACUUCAGGACUACAACGUCUCCCUAAAGAACUACAACCCCCACAGAGAGUAUCACAGAGAAGGUGACCACCAUCACUAUGGACGUCACAACCCCCUGAUCUCAACCCUCCUCUGCUUCAGGACUACAACGUCUCCCUAAAGAACUACGACCCCCAGGGUUCCGAGCGGAGCAGCCAUGAGCGCGGAGACCCAGGUGAAGUGUGUGCUGGUGGGGGACAGUGCUGUCGGGAAGACGGCCCUCCUGGUUCGCUUCACGUCAGAGACCUUCCCUGAGUGCUACAAACCAACUGUGUACGAGAACACUGGAGUGGAGGUCUUCAUGGACGGGGCUCCGAUCAACCUGGGUUUGUGGGACACGGCAGGAAAUGACACGUUCAGACAGAUCCGUCCGAUGUCCUAUCAGCAGGCAGAUGUGGUUCUGAUCUGCUACUCCGUGGCCAACGCCUCCUCGCCAGCCGUCAAGCACAAGUGGCUGGUAGAGGUGCGUGACAACCUUCCCCGUGUCCCGGUGCUGGUGGUGGCCACCCAGACGGACCAGCGUGACUCCGGGCCUCACAGCGCCUCCUGCUCCUCCGCCGCCGAGGGCAAACGCCUCGCUCAGGACAUACGGGCCAAGGGAUACCUGGAGUGCUCGUCGCUAAGCAACCGCGGCGUGCAGCAAGUGUUCGAGUGUGCGGUGAGGACAGCGGUGAACCAGGCCAGGAAACGGACGCGCCCGCGGAUGUUUGAUAUCAACAGCUGCGUGGUGUUUUGACCUCUGAACCUUUUGGGAGGGGGGGGCUAGGUUGGGGUGGUGCUGGGAGGAUACUGAAGCCUCUAACUACUGCUCUGGGAUCAGGUCUCGGGGCCAAUGGCGACUCAGACUUGGACUCAUCGCCAGGGACUUGAGACUGGCGGGUUAGUGACUCGACUACAUCACUGUGUCUGAC